AUGCUCAUGACUUAUAUGUAUGAACCCAGGUCCACCCGUUUUAACCCUUUCGCUCUGUGGACACUCUUGCGCAGCAGAUUCAGGGAACAACCUCAUCUGAUGGCAGUUGCAACGAUCCCCAUCGAGAACGGCCAGCAAGUCGGCAUUCUAGUGACUUCUUCUAUUUCUAUCCUGAUAGUCAUUGUCGCUGUGGGCCUGCGACUUGUCGCCAAAAAGAUCGCAGAUAGAAUUGAUUACAGUGACUAUUGUAUUCUCGCGGCCGCACUAUUUAACACUGCACUGCACGCCUGUUGCAUCUCAUUGGUCACUCAUGGCGGCUUUGGAUUCCAUACAAUAGAAAUCUACCAACGUUUUGGGCCUGAGACGGCGACGUUUUUCUUCAAGGUGAGGCCAGCGAGUUGGCAUUUCCGUUCGCGUUCUAAUUGUAUUCCUGCUGUAGGGAAUAAUGUCCUUUUCGAUACUGUGGAACGCUACCGUGUGUUUCAGCAAACUGUCGGUUCUAUUAAUUGGGCCCGUAUACUGGGUGCUCUGAUCAUAACGUGGAACAUUGCCGACAUCUUCGCUGCUCUCUUGAUAUGCCGACCGCUCGCGAAGAAUUGGAACUUUACAUUACCAGGAACUUGCGGUAGUCAACCAUCGUUUUACUUCGCCAUGGGGAUCGUCAACCUCAUUGCCGAUGCCGUGAUUAUCAUAUUGCCAAUGCCAUACUUGUUCGAGUUACGGAUGGCUUGGCGCAAGAAGUUAGCCGCGAUGGCUUUACUUAGCAUUGGAGUAGGAACCUGGGCCAUCACCAUAUACCGACAAACACUGCUACCCAAUCUAGACUUUGCGGACAUGACGUACGAAGGUGUACUUGCUACAAUACUUUCCGGACUUGAGCCUGCUGUCGCGAUCGUUCUGGCAUGCGUUCCGCUCAUGCGUCCUUUGUACGGUAGAUCAAGAAAUGCCACCCACUCCAGCUUCCAGAACGGCAGUAGCACGCAUACUAGUCUUUUUUCGAAGAAAGGAAGCAGAUCACAUAGCUACGACCCCACUGCAACGUUCUCGGAAUUGAUUGACAACAACGACGCUUCUUCGCAAAUCGAGCUGCAGCCUAUCAAGACUUCGCAGAUAGUCCGUGUCUCGUCGGUUGAUGAGCAACACAAACAGCAGUUACCAGCCGGUUCAAACAACGCUAUCACAGUCGAGAGGAGAUGGGAAGACGCUAUACUUGUUACUCGACGCCUUCGCAUCCAGUACCUUUGGAUCGACUCGCUAUGUAUCCUCCAAGACAACAAAGACGAUUGGGCGGCAGAGUCCCGUCGAAUGGGGGAUGUAUUUGCAAAUGCAGCUUGCACUAUCGCAGCUACCGCCGCAAAUGAUAGCAAUGAUGGCCUUUUUCACGCCAGAUGUCCGGAAUCACUAGGCCCGAAGCGUAUCGACUUUGCUUUCAACUUAGAAGCUCCCUGGCUCAAGGAAAAGGAUAAGGAAUUCCCUUUGGUAGGAACCUAUUUGUGUGAGAUUCAACACUUAGCUCAAGUGUGCAUAGAAUCUGCACCAUUGAACAAGAGAGCAUGGGUCAGUCAAGAGAGACAGCUUUCAAAUCGAACCUUGCACUUCACUAGCACCCAGCUCUUCUGGGAAUGUAACGAGCGCCUAGCUUGUGAAAUAUAUCCUGAAAAGCUUCCACCCUGGGCGCGAGCUUUCUGGCGCUGGGAUGCCACUUCAUUGAAAAAGCGAGUUCGCGACAUCAUGCACGAGGGGAAGGAUAAUCCAUCGAAUUUUCUGACCUCCACUUCUCUUGCUCGAGGUCUGGACGAGGAUACCCAUUUCGCCUGGCUCACAUUUCGAGAUCAGUAUUCGAGGUGUGCGCUCACCCAUGAGACAGAUAAACUUGUAGCUAUUCAAGGCAUAGCAAAAUGGGUCGGGCAAGCAACAGGUGACGAGUUAGUCGCUGGCCUUUGGCUUAGUCGUAUCAUCGAGGAGCUAUGCUGGCGCACGGAAGCUUCUUCGUCUAAGCCUAGUGCUUGGAGAGCUCCUACAUGGAGCUGGGCUUGCAUCGAUGGCGAGAUAUUUCACAGUUUGCUGACAAAGUUUCACCGCAAGCAUGCAAGUCGACAGAUGGAGGCCAGACUUGUUGAGAUCAACGUGGGAGCCGAACUCUCUGGAGAACUGAAACAUGCUUCGAUAUCAAUCAAAUGUAGACCUUUGCGAGUCACUUUUACGUCUGAUGGCUGGGAUUGGUUGCCGGAUCGCCAACCUCUUCAGUGUAGCGGGACACUCGAACUGGUGGAUCGGGAUGGAGAGAAUUACCGACCACCACAGAGAUUUGCAGUAGGACCCACAAACUGCGACGUGGAAUUAAGCAUGGAGGGAAGAGCGCCAGAGAUUACGACACCACAACACGGCUACGUAGUCGUCUUGCAGAGAUGCGUCCAUAGCCAGGAAUGCGAAACGCAUGAUGACACUGAAGGUUCUAAGAGUAAGGCAGAAGGAGACGACAUAGAUUUCUGGGGUCAGGACAGUACUGAAGCUCUGUUUUUACGAGCUCGUGACGACAUCACAUUUGAAAGAGUUGGCCUUGUCAGCUUCUACCGGUUUCGCGCAUCACCCUUACUUGAACAGAACUACUAG